AUGCCAGCAUCUCAGAAUCUCAAUCUUCCCAUUCCCAACGUCAUUGAAGAAGAGCCAUUAUUAAAACCAAAUCCAAGACGUUUUGUUUUAUUCCCUAUAAAAUUUCAUGAGAUCUGGCAAUUCUAUAAAAAAGCUGAAGCUUCUUUCUGGACAGUUGAAGAGGUCGAUUUAUCCAAGGAUCAACAUGAUUGGGAUAAUAAACUAAACGAUGACGAACGACAUUUUAUUUCGCAUGUUCUGGCGUUCUUUGCUGCCUCCGAUGGGAUAGUUAAUGAAAAUUUGGUCGAACGUUUCAGUAAUGAAGUUCAAAUUCCUGAAGCUCGCUGCUUUUAUGGCUUUCAAAUCAUGAUCGAAAAUAUACAUUCCGAGAUGUAUUCCCUUUUGAUCGACACCUAUAUCAAGGAACCAUCACAAAGAGACUAUCUAUUUGACGCGAUAGAGACAAUUCCAUGUAUUCGAAAGAAAGCCAAAUGGGCCCUCCAUUGGAUUUCUGAUCAAAAAUCAUCGUUCGCAGAAAGAUUAAUUGCAUUUGCGGCCGUUGAAGGAAUUUUCUUUUCUGGUGCUUUUGCUUCCAUAUUUUGGCUUAAGAAAAGGGGGUUGAUGGCUGGUCUUACAUUCUCAAAUGAACUCAUAUCACGAGACGAAGGAUUGCAUUGUGAUUUCGCUUGCCUUUUGUUCACACAUCUACGUAAACGUCCAAGCCGAAAAAUCAUUGAAUCAAUUAUCACUGAAGCUGUCUCAAUUGAACAAGAAUUCCUCACAGAAGCAUUACCAGUUGCCUUAAUCGGAAUGAAUUCGGCCCUUAUGAAUCGUUACAUCGAAUUUGUCGCCGAUCGUUUACUGGUUGCCCUUGGUUGUCCUAAAUAUUAUCGAGUAGAAAAUCCUUUUGAUUUUAUGGAUUUAAUUUCACUUCAAGGUAAAACUAAUUUCUUCGAAAAAAAAGUAUCAGAAUACCAGAAAGCUGGUGUCAUGAACAACUCCACAUCGCAAAAUACCGAGAAUGCAUUUACACUUGAUGCAGAUUUCUAA